AUGUAUUAUAUGAUACUCCAUGGAAGAAGGUUGAUCGAGCUGCAGAAAUGUCGUCACUUGAUUUUGGCAGCGCAAAAUCAAAAUCCGUUCUUUGCUUUUUCCAAUUCUUAUUCCUCAACUAGUGCUGCUGCAGCUGUAACCCAUGGUCGAAAAGGUCAGAACUUUACAGUCUCUUACCUCGUUGAUUCGUUUGGUUUCACUACAAAACUCGCGGAAUCGAUCUCAAAGAAAGUCACUUUCGAGGACAAGAGAAACCCAGAUUCUGUUCUGAAACUUCUUAAAAGCCAUGGAUUCACAGAUUCUCAAAUCUCCGACAUCGUCACGGUUUAUCCACAGCUGCUUAUAGCAGAUGCUGAGAAAUCUCUUGCUCCAAAGCUGAAGUCUUUGCAGUCCAGAGGAGGAGCUACUACAACCUCUGAGCUCACUGAGAUUCUCACAAAAGCUCCCAAGAUCUUGGGAAUCAAAAAGGACAAAGCUUUAAGCGUAUACUAUGAUUUCGUCAAAGAUGUUAUAGAAGCUGAUAAGAGUCUCGAGUACAAGAAGUUAUGUCCUUCAUCUUUGCCACAGGGUAACACACACGAGAACAAAAUCAGAAACAUAUUAGCUUUGAGAGAAUUGGGAAUGCCUCAGAAGCUCUUGUUCUCAAUGCUCACAUCCGGUUCCCAACUUGUAUGUGGGAAAGAGAAGUUUGCAGAAUCGCUCAAGAAGGUUGUUGGGAUGGGUUUUGCUCCAACCUCGUUGAAGUUUGUCAAUGCUCUGCGACUUGUUUAUGGUUUCACAGACAAAACGACGGAAGGGAAGAUCGAAAUCUACAAAAGGUUAGGCUUUUCUGUGGAGGAUGUGUGGACGGCUUUCAAGAAGUGGCCUUCUAUUCUGAUAUACUCGGAGAUGAAAGUAACCAACUCCAUUGAAGAGUUCUUAGCUCUAGGAUUCAGCAGAGACGAGCUCUCGACGAUGGUCAAGCGCUUUCCUCAGUGCAUUGGAUAUUCUUCAGAGUCUGUGAAGAAGAAGACUGAGUUUCUUGUGAAGAAGAUGAAUUGGCCGCUAAAGGCUGUUGUUUCAAUCCCUCAGGUGCUUGGAUACAGCAUGGAGAAGAGGAUUGUGCCGAGGUGUAGCGUUAUCAAAGCUCUCAUGUCACAAGGAUUGCUCGGAAAUGGAAGUGAACUCCCUCCAUUGUCCUCUGUUUUGACGAGUAGUGAUGAAAAGUUCUUGAAUUUGUAUGUGAGGAAGCAUGAUGGCAAGCAGCUGAUUCCUGAAUUGAUCUUUAUCUUCAACAGAGGUCGUCUCUCGUACAACAGUUAG